UCCCCCCCCUCCAGCCCCCCCCCUCUCCGCCCGCGCUGGCCGUUGCUGCGGCUCCUUCUCUCUCUUCUUCUCGGGCUGCUGUGGAAGCGUCUCCGCCGCCCUCGCUCGCUCGCUCGCUCGUCCCCGUGCAUGGAGCGGCACCGCGGUGGCGGCGAGGGCGGGGGGCAGGCUCGGCACCCGCCGCUGGGGAAAGGGAGGUGCCGCCGCCGUCGCGCUCCGGGACCGGAGGAGGAGGAGGAGGAAUCUGUGGUGAGUGAGCUCAGCCUGGACCGGCCGUCCGCUACUGAUUUGAAGAUUCGACUUCCACGGGAUUAUCCUCCUCAAGAGCGAGAUUUUGCCAAGAAUACAGGGCCAAUAUGGAUAUAUGUUUCCUUGUUAUCCUAUUCAGCAGCUGCUUAACAUACCUAGGUGUUGCCAAUAUAACUUCAGUACAUCCAUCGACGGAGAGUCCCUUGCCCACCACCAGUUUAGCGAAAACUGCCACCAGGCAGGCGACUAGUGCAAAGCCCACCCCUUCAAUGAGGAGGCCGACCACAUCGCCGGCCGUGUCCCCGACCGUGGCACGAAGCUACCCGCCUCUGAAAGUGCCGGAAGAAGCCACAACCACCAACGCUACCGUCACGGUGCCUGCCGUGGGCGUGGCCACGACUUCGCCCAAGACUCUGCGGCCCACGUCUGGGCCCACCGCCCUUCCGCUGAAUGCCACAGAGUCUCCCCCCAAUGUCACCACGACGGACAAAACGUUGACGACGGUGGAGGCCAACUUCACAAGUGCACUAGCGACUUCACAAGCCUUCAACACCGCAAGCGACUCCGAUCCACGGCGAGAUGAGACACCCAUCAUCGCUGUAAUGGUGGCCCUCUCCUCCUUGCUCAUCAUAGUAUUUAUUAUUAUUGUCCUCUACAUGUUAAGGUUCAAAAAACACAAACAGGCCGGGAGCCAUUCCAAUUCCUUUCAUUUGUCCAAUGGCCGGACAGAUGACAUUGAACCGCAGAGCAUGCCGCUGCUGGCCAGAUCUCCCAGCACCAACCGGAAGUACCCGCCGCUGCCUGUGGACAAACUGGAGGAGGACAUUAACCGGCGAAUGGCAGACGACAACAAGCUCUUCCGCGAGGAAUUCAGUGCCCUUCCAGCAUGUCCCAUCCAAGCCACCUGUGAAGCCGCCUCUAAAGAGGAAAACAAGGAGAAGAACAGAUACGUCAACAUUUUGCCUUAUGACCAUUCCAGGGUUCACCUGACACCUAUUGAAGGGGUUCCAGACUCCGAUUAUAUCAACGCCUCGUUCAUUAAUGGGUAUCAGGAGAAGAACAGGUUCAUUGCUGCACAAGGGCCCAAGGAAGAAACGGUGAACGACUUCUGGAGAAUGAUUUGGGAGCAAAACACAGCCACAAUUGUCAUGGUGACCAAUCUGAAGGAGAGGAAAGAGUGUAAAUGUGCCCAGUAUUGGCCAGAUCAGGGUUGCUGGACGUACGGGAAUAUCCGAGUGUCCGUGGAAGAUGUAACCGUCCUGGUUGACUACACAGUGCGGAAAUUCUGCAUUCAACAGGUAGGCGACGUCACCAAUAAAAAACCUCAGCGCCUGGUGACGCAGUUCCACUUCACCAGCUGGCCGGAUUUCGGGGUGCCUUUCACGCCCAUCGGGAUGCUGAAGUUCCUGAAGAAGGUGAAGACCUGCAACCCCCAAUAUGCGGGCGCCAUUGUGGUCCACUGCAGUGCUGGUGUGGGACGGACGGGAACGUUCAUUGUGAUCGAUGCCAUGCUGGACAUGAUGCACGCCGAGAAGAAGGUGGAUGUUUAUGGGUUUGUGAGCCGAAUCCGGGCCCAACGCUGCCAGAUGGUACAGACUGAUAUGCAGUACGUAUUCAUCUACCAGGCGCUUCUGGAGCAUUACUUAUAUGGAGACACAGAAUUGGAGGUGACUUCGCUGGAGGUCCAUCUCCAGAAGAUUUACAACAAAAUUUUGGGGAGCAGCAGCAACGGAUUGGAGGAAGAGUUUAAGAAACUCACCUCCAUCAAAAUCCAGAACGACAAAAUGCGAACGGGCAAUUUGCCGGCUAACAUGAAGAAGAACAGGGUGCUCCAGAUAAUCCCAUAUGAGUUCAACCGCGUGAUCAUUCCAGUGAAGAGAGGCGAAGAAAACACAGAUUAUGUAAAUGCUUCUUUUAUUGACGGCUACCGUCAAAAGGAUUCCUACAUCGCCAGCCAAGGACCCCUCCAGCACACCAUUGAGGACUUCUGGCGGAUGAUCUGGGAGUGGAAGUCCUGCUCCAUCGUAAUGUUGACAGAGCUGGAAGAGAGGGGCCAGGAGAAGUGCGCUCAGUAUUGGCCUUCGGACAGCUCUGUAUCUUACGGAGACAUCACCAUAGAACUAAAGAAGGAGGAAGAGUGUGAGAGCUACACAGUGCGGGAUCUGCUGGUGACCAACAACAGGGAAAACAAAAGCCGGCUGAUCCGACAGUUCCACUUCCACGGGUGGCCAGAGGUGGGGAUCCCCAGCGACGGGAAAGGCAUGAUCAAUAUCAUAGCAGCCGUGCAGAAGCAACAGCAGCAGUCCGGCAACCACCCCAUCACUGUGCAUUGCAGUGCUGGAGCUGGGCGGACGGGGACCUUCUGCGCAUUGGGCACCGUCCUGGAAAGGGUCAAGGCAGAAGGAAUUCUGGACGUCUUUCAGACAGUGAAGAGUUUGAGGUUACAGAGGCCGCACAUGGUGCAAACACUGGAACAGUACGAAUUCUGCUACAAGGUAGUCCAGGAAUAUAUAGAUGCCUUUUCAGAUUACGCCAACUUCAAGUGAAGCCGAAUCCCGCCGGACAAAAGACAAAAAGCGUUGCCUUCUUUAAUACUUUGUAAUAUUCUGUUUGUUAAUAUCCCUAUCGCCCCCCCACCCUCCCCUCAAAUGUGUAUAUAAUCUUAACUGUUCUAGAAGGGUUGGUACCAUAAGAUUGCUAUUAAUUAGCUUGAGAUUUUAUAUGUAGCAAAAAAAAGUGUUAGAUAAAGAAGAUUGUAGGCACUUUUUUUUUUCCAAUGUUUUAUUGGGGAAUUAAAUAGUGUGAUAUUUGGAUUAAUAUUGUCAAAAAAACACACACACACACACACCUCUGUUCUGGAGAGUUUAUGCAGGCUGUUUUGGUUUUUUUUGUUUUGUAAAUCUCUCUCUUUUUUUUUUCCCCCUCUUGAGGGAGUAAAGCUUUUUAAAAAUCAAAAUGAGAUUUCUUCCUAUCAGCGGUUUCUUUGAAGAGAAAUAGAGUGGCACACCAAUAACAUUUUUUUAUUUAAAGCUUUUUUUUUUUCUCCUCCGUUCCCUGGGAAAUCCCUGGGACUUUCAUUAUUAUACAGGUGGUUUUUGUUAGUUUUUUUUAAAAAAAAGAAUAUUUAGCAGAGAUUUUGGUGGACGAGAAAGAAGUUAAAAGCGUGGAAUCUCCCUUGCCCUUUGGAAUUCAGAUUGGAUGCUCCUGACUGAUGUUAGAAAACCUAGAAUAAAAGGGAAUUCUGGCAGUUAAAAGUCCCCAUAUCUGGAAAUUGCCAUACAUAUGAAUUUAUAUUACAGUAGUGGCCAAAAUUGUGGUAACCUUUUGGGAAAAGUGUAUUUCCCUAAAACUAGCUAAUAACGCCACUUUUUUGGGAAGUAGUACCGUAAAAUUAUAAUAAUAAUAAUAAUAAUAACAACAGAGUUGGAAGGGACCUUGGAGGCCUUCUAGUCCAACCCCCUGCCCAGGCAGGGCAUUAUAUAUCAAUGGAAAGAUAAUUUAAUCAAGAAUGUAAUGCAAUCACUUUUAGGAAGGAUUUGCUAUUAGAAGAGCAGUUACAGUAUAAAGAAGAAAAGUGAAACACAUAGAAAAAACGAGAUACACAAAAAUGAUCACCAUGUCAGUUAAUAGUUAGUUGGGUAACCUUUAGUAUGAAUUAUGGCCUUACAACAUCUUCCCAUGGAGGGAACCGAGUCUUUUAGUUCUGUAGCUGUUAUAACGUGAAAUCAAGAUUGAAUGAUGGCUUUGAUUAACUGGGUUUUAUUGCUGGGUCGCUUCUGACUAACCAGUUUCUUUAGUCGGCUCCAUAUAUUUUCAAUUGGGUGAAGGUCUGGGCUAUUCCCAGGCCAUUACAGCAGUGAAAUAGGAUUCUCUUGAAACUCCAAAAGAAAGAAAGAAAGAAAGAAAGAAAGAAAGAAAGAAAGAAAGAAAGAAAGAAAGAAAGAAAGAAAGAAAGAAAGAAAGAAAGAAAGAAAGAAAGAGGUGUUAUUAGCUAUCAAACCUCAAAAAUACACUUUUCCCAAAAGGUUUCCACAAUUUUGGCCACUACCGUAAGCAGGGUGGAUGAUAUACACAUAGUUUGUAAUAUACCUUUUAGGAGAGAUCUGCGGCAUAAGAAUAUAAUAAAUAAAAUACAAUAACAGAAGAAGAGAGCCAGAAGGGACCUCGGAGGUCUUCUAAUCCAACCCCCUGCUUAGGCAGGAGACCCUCUACCAUUUCAGACAAAUGGUUGUCCCAUCUCUUCUUAGAAACCUCCAAUGUUGGAGCAACCCACAACUUUUGGAGUCAAGUCGUUCCACUGAAUAAUAUCAUUCUCUCCGCCAGGAAGUUCCUCCUUAGUUCCAGGUUGCUUCUCUCCUUGAUUAGAUUCCAUUCCGUUGCUUCUUGUCCUGCCUUCAGGUGCUUUGGAGAAUAUGAAUUUAUAAUAAGCGGGGCGGGGGGGAUGAUAUACAUUUAGUUUGUAGUAUGCCCAAGGUCACCUUGUAGGCGAGAUCAGCGGCAUAGGAAUGUAAUAAAUAAAAUAUAAUAACAGAAGAAAAGAACCGGAAGGGACCUUGGAGGUCUUCUAGUCCAACCCCUCCAGCUCAAGCAGAAGACCCAAUAACGUUCUGAACAAAUGGCUGUCCAAUCUCUUCUUAAAAACCUCCAGUUUUGAAACACCGACAACUUCUGAAGAUCCACUGGUUGAUUGUCCUCCGUGUCAGGAAGUUUCUCCUUAAUUCUAGAUUGGAUAGUUCUCUCUCUUUCUCUCUCUCUCUCUCUUUUAUAAACAACCAUAUUUGAAGAGUCGAGGAUCCCGGUUGUGAUGGAGACGGUGCUUCGUUUUAUUUUAUUUUAUUUUAUUUUUUGGAUCAUCUACAAAGGUCCCUCUUAAGGCCUGGCACAUUUGGAAAUAUCUCCUUGGUUUUUCUGUUGGCUGGCGAGUUUUCCAGCGUGGUUCUCUGGAUGCUGAAAUGCUUCACUCGAAACUGUUUUCCUUUUUUGGCCUCGCUGCCUCUUAACGGAGCCGCAAUUUCGGUUUGUGUUGCUCGCUUCAUUCUUGUCUUUUGACUUGGAAAUGGGGCUGCGCGUAGAUGGGCCGUGCAAACCUGCCUCUCUCCACCCUCCCUGCCGUUUUAGACCGAUGUGUCCUGGUUGACGCGGUGGCUCAACUGGCAAAGACGCGGAGUUGGUCGAUCAGAAAAGUCGGCGGUUCAGCGGUUCGAAACCCUAGUGCCGCAUAAACGGGGUGCGCUCCCGUUGCUUGUCCCAGCUUCUGCCAACCUAGCCGUUCGAAAGCACGUAAAAAAUGCAAGUAGAAAAAUAGGGACCACCUUUGGUGGGAAGGUAACACCAUUCCAUGAGCCUUUGGCGUUGAGUCAUGCCGGCCACAUGACUAGAGAGACAUCUUUGGACGGCGCUGGCUCUUCAGCUUUGAAACAGAGAGAAGCACUGCCCCCUAGAGUCAGGAACAACUAGCACUUGGAAUCUUUACCUUUAUCCUGGUUGACUUCCAUCUCCUCAUCCUUCCCAUCGUGAGCAGAAAUACCUCCCCCAAAGUUGCAGCUCUCUCAACUUCACAGUUUUGAUUAUUAUUAUUAUUAUUUUCCUCUUCUAUUUGGGCUCGCAGCUCCUUCUCUCUUUUUUUAGAAAGAUCCCGGUUUUCAGAUGUUUCGCUAAAAUUCUUCUAGAGUUAACCGCCGGGAGUUAUCCUUAACGUGAAUUGUUCCAAAUAUCCUGGGGCUGCAGCUUCCCAAAAUUUCUGGGCUCCAUUGAGGGCAAAACCUGUUUUGAAUUUUUUCUCUUUGCCGCCUUCUCUUAGACGGCUGGAGUCAGCACUCUUUGCACAAGUGAUUCAUGAUGUAAAAAUUGGAUUAGUUUUCACUAAAAAUGGAAAAGCAAACAGAGUUCCUGUUGGAUUGGAAAAAUGAGGAAGACAUGGAAGUAGAACACAGGAAUGUUUUUUAAAAAAAAACAUUUUCCCCUCCCCUAUCUUCCUAUCCCUUUAUUCUCCCUGUUUCUUACUUUGGGAGCGCAGCUUUCUGCGUUUACAAGGGUACGCUUGUAUUUUUUUUUAAAAAAAAACUUCGCUGAAGAUAACACAACAAAAAAAGGGGAAAAAAGUCUUUAAAAUUGGCAUAAUAGGAAUAUUAAGUAAAACAGCUUGCGAAACCCUGCAGCGUCGCACUGAAAUCUGUCGAAAGAGGCGAGACGAAGUCCUCAAAAUUAUCACCAAAAGUCCACCGCGCCAAAAAAAUGUGAUCAGAUGAUUUGAAACAGCCCUUCUGUCGUGGUCUCCUUCAUCCGAAAUAAAUACCUUCAUUGGAACACCGACAGAGCGCAGAGGCCAACCGCCACUUUUGAGAUCAACAAUGGACCUUCAAAAAACUCUCUUUACAGGGGAUAGACAUGUGUUUAGGAAACCCUUGCCUUGGCGGGGUUCUAUCUCUGGAUGGAGAGAAGCGGGAGGCGACCCCUUGUCCUUUUUGUUGGCCCACCCGUGGCUUCUCCUGUGGCUGGAAAGGAUUUUCGGAUACUGAAGGAAUGUGCAGCCCACUCUUGUGUCUGUUGUGACCCAGACCCAAGUAGGUAGCAACAAACUCAGUCCGUGAUAAAAUAAACUUUAUUUGAACAGCUGGGAAUUACUUCAUUCCCAGCGUCGUUCAACUCAAAGGAAAACAAAGGCCUCCCCAACACAAAUUCCUCAGUUAUCUCAGAAACCUUAGUCCAAUUAGGCAAACUGCCAAAGGCCCUUCCUGAUAAAUGUCCAGAAGUCACAAAAACACGAAGCAGAGGAUGUAGCUACAACGUUGUUUUCCGGCAAGCUGAAACACCGGUGCUGGUCUGUUAUGGGAGGGGCCAAUCAUCUCUUGGCCUUACUCCCGAGUUUCUCCUCUCUGCUUGAGCUGCUCUUGUCUUUUGGCAGCUCUUCUCAUGCGUGCAUCAAGAACAGGCUCCUCCUGUUCCUCUGCCUCACUACUAUCAGUCUCUGGAGGCUCCGGAGUCUGCACUUCACUCCCCGAUGGGCCUGGCCUCACCUCAGCCUCAUCGCUCUCUGACUCCGUUGCCAGCUCCGUAGGCUGUAGACACAACAGUGUCUUCUCAUGAUCUACAUAGCGUUAGGUCUUCCAUCUACGGAGAGGUGAAAUCCGAGAUCAACAUACCAAGAUCAUACCCCACUGCAUGAUAGCAAGGUAGGAAACGGGGGCCUCAACCUUACCUGAAGACCAAAGGUAUCUUCAUUGGUGGACCUUAACCGUUGCGAUUGGUUCCUUCACGCAAGUGGUGGUGCAGGACAUUAUAUCCCAGGGCAUUUUGGAGGUGUUAUGUUCCUUCCUACUCACCCCAAACUACCCACCCCCAGGGGUGAAAUCUAUUUACCUACCUUACCGGUUCCGAAGUGCACACGUCGCGCAUAUCACAUGCGCGCGCACACCUGCGCAUGCGCAGAAGGUAAAAAACACAUGACUUCCUUGUUAAAACCAGGAAGUAGUGACACCCAGGCAGUUGGGCGGAGCUUCGUUCCGCCAUCGCUACUGGAUCAUCGAACCAGCGGCCACGAUCGAUACCGGAUCGUCAGAUCGGUCAGAACCGGGAGCAUUUCACCCCUGCCCCCCCUUUUUUUUCCUUUCUCCCUCUCUUGUUAGAAGCAUACUAUCCGUUGCAACUCUCCUAGGAUUUGUCCAAGGACCGUUCACUUAGGAGGAAAUAAAUGUUUAUUUACGGACGGGUAACGAGGAAGUUCCCGCCCAAAGAACCUGUUUCUCCCAUGAUUUCUUCAUCCUUUUAUUAUUAUUUUUUCCCCAUGCUUUCCAUUCAUUCUCUUGUCAUCUAACCAGCAUCUGCUCAGAAAUGAGCCAUCUCGGCUUUCUGCGUUCCUUCAUCUCCCUUAUCAUCAUUUUCUUUCAAGAGAAGCCCCCAACACAAUGGGGGGGGGGAAAUGGUUUAAGUUUCUAUCCGUUUAUCUAUAAUUCCUCUUUUUUCUCACCUUUCAUUACCCCCCUUCAAAAAAAAAAUG